UCCUCUUCUUCGCUCGCUAAGCAAGCCUGGUCUCACAGCGUGGGCAAGAUCCGCCUUCCCCGGUCCCUUUGCUUUCAUUUUCAUCCGCGGAGCUGCUGCCAACUGGCUGGUUUGCCCGCCUGGGAGAGGGACGCUGCGGGGUUUGGGACCCGCCACGGCGCCCCAGGCGAGGCCAGAGAGGGAAAACAGAGAGCAAAGCUCGCCUGCUUCAAGUGUACAUCAGCACUAUGACUUCAGUUUUGUACAGCCUACCUGGAACACCUGUACCACCUCUCAACCUGACAAUUAAAACACAGGAUUUUGAGUACAUUUUGUCAUGGGAGGCUGGCAAAAAUACACAGGCACCAACCUACUACACUGUGAUGUAUGAGAGCACGGGUCAUUGUCUCUUUGCAAUGGAAUCAGAUGAACAAGAAAGUUCCUCUAUCAACAAUCAUGGUUAUCGAAACAUCAAGGAGUGCUCAAAUAUUACACAUUUGCUUUGUAACCUGACAAGGGAGUUUACAAAUCCUUGCAAGACAUAUGUGAUAGCAGUGAAGACGAUUCCAGAAUUUGCAACAAAUUAUUCAGCCUACAUGUUCACUCCAUAUUUCAAUACAUGCUUUGGACCACCUGAGUUUAAUAUUUCUGCUUGUUCAAACUGUGUUAACGUGACAGUGAAAAUCCUUUCUUCAUUAAUUACUGUAUAUGAAAAAUUGGAUUAUACAAUAAAGGUGAAAACUGUGGAUUCUGAAGAACAAGAUAUUGAACACUCUAAUACAACAAAAACAGAAAGUUUUGGCAGUGUUUUUGAAGGUUUGCGUCAAAACACAAAUUAUUGUGUUUCCGUUGAUAUGCGCUCUUCUCUAAAUAAAUUGUGUGUUCCAUCUCCCUGGAAAUGUAUUGUGACCAGCUCCAAAGAUAAAUCAGAUAAUGUUAUCGCAGUCGUAUGUGCCGUAAUUAUACCACUAGCACUUGGACUGAUUGUGUGGUUGCUUUACAGGGCUGGCUAUAUUGCCUUAAAAUCAAAGGAAAGACCCAAAGUUUUGGAAGGUGUACAAAAAUUAAAGUAUUCACUUUUCCGUUCUUAUCCUGAAGAAGUACAUACUGUUCAGGUCAGCCAGGAGAGGAAGAAAACAUUUGAGGAAACCAGUUACGAUGAUGAAAGUGGUGACAAAAAUGAUGCUAUAUAUACAAAUCGCAGGCCGUUGGGUACAAUUUCAAAAUUCCAUUCGAAGGCAGACGUAGAGGAUACAGCAUCUAUAGGCUAUUCAUCAACUUCAAGUGACUGUCAAAUGGAUGAAGUGUUAGACACUGAGGUAGAAGACGCUCAAUAUGACGUAAAGAAAGAAGACAGCACAACAGACCAGAUGUUUUAUCCUUCUUCUAAAAUGAACUCCACUUCCAUACCCAAGCCAGAUGGUGGUGACUGCUUCAAUAUCAAUUUAAAUACUGUUAAGCUAGAAAUGCCCAAUACAAACUGGGAUGCAACUCUUGUCUUACCUGAAGACACAUCAGACUUUCAGGAGCCCUGUGAUCUUGAUACCUCUGAACCAAAACAUUUUGCUAACAUAGUGGAUAUGCAGAGUUCUGAUAUUCAUGACCUCUCACUUACAUGGCAAAAUUAUAGUGGGUCUGAAGAAAGUGAGUCAUCAGAAUCAGAAAUGGUUGGUGAAUACAUGAGAAGAUGAAUCAAUGAACAGGAAAAUAACCACUUACUAACUACAUAUGGCAGCUUAUUCCAGUGUUAAAUAACAUCUGGCUUGGUUAGCACAUGUUCUCUGUUGCUCUUAGUAUGCAUGAAAAUGUACUAGUGUUGUGACCAUGCUUAGUAUCAAUAUAUGCUCAGUUGUCAAAUCUUGACAACAAGCUUCCAUUCCUGAAACUAUGGCCAAACAAAUCCAGUUUUAUGGAUGGUCAAUAAAUAGCAAAAGUACACAGGUCACGGUAUCUUCAUAUCUGGUUUUAUAACCAGUCUUGAGAUUGAACUUCUAAUAAGCACUUAUAGUCAAUACCACAUGGUGAUCAAAUGUUGUUAAGCUAAGGUGCUUUGCUGGUAAUUGAGAAAUUGCAGCAGAAUAGAUCUGCCAUUUCUUGAAGGUCUCAGCCAGUGGGUUUUAUCACUAUGCCAGUACCUCCAGUUCCCUGGGAAAGCUCAAUGCUACUGCCUGUACAGUAUGUGAAACUACAACAAAGACAUGCAGUUCAACACUCCUGAUUUCUGGAUCCAUAUCAAAUGUCUUUUUUCCAUUCAAGAUGAAGCAGCCCCCGCCCUAUCCUAUGAAAACCAAACUGCCUCUGGCCAUUUCUACACAGUUUAUCUGCUCCAGGCUCAAUGCUAUUAGGAAUUGGUCUCUCUGAAGAGCCAGGGUAGUGUAGUGAUUAAGAGUUGGUGGACUCUACUAUGGAGAACCAGGUUUGAUUCCCACUUCUUAACAUGAGCGGUGGACUCUUAUCUGAUGGACCAGAUUUGU